CAAACAAGUUUCGUCGCGUGCGGUGCUCGCCUCGCUCUCAGAUACUUUUUGCCAGUUGAGCCGAGUACGUGAACGUGUCUGGACGUUUUUAUGGACAUCCGACCACUUUGAGAUACAAAAUACCCCCCAACCAAAACAUCAACCGAAACCGAAGCCAAAACUCAAACUGAACCGUUAGCCAACUAAUACAAGCUACCACAAUUUUUAGUUGUUCAAGCCGAGUAGAUAUAGUCGCAAGUGUUUCAUAGUUUUUUUUCGCGCCCGUGCAAAUUUCCGGUUACCCCCCGACAAUCCACAACCCCGCAGUCCGCAACCCACAGUCCGUGCUCUCUUGCGUGUCUAGUGAUCAGCAGCUUGCUGGUAACUCGUUUACGGGAAGGCGUGUGUGCAAAAAAAAAAUAGAAGAAUAAAAUUAAUGAAAUGUUUGCGCGCUUAUGAAUGGUCUAUUGCUGUACGCGUAUCUCACAGAUACAUUUUGCCAUCAAUUAAUAGCCAGCGUGCAAAUUUCGCGAGUUCUUCUAUUGUUUUGCCAACUCUUACUUUCUUUCUGAUGUGCCGGAAAAAUUGAAGUCAAGUGUUAUCAUCUCUUUCAUUUUCCAGCUUAAAAACCACAACGCACCAGUUGCAAUUCAAUAAUCCUCAGCUGCGAACUUUUUUUUCGGAUUAUUAUGCAGCCCAAAUUGUGUGUGGAUUAGUUCCCGAGUGGUUGCACAUGUGUGAAGUGUUCCAGAACCUAUUGGGCUAAACAGCAGUCAGAGCGCCACGAAUGUCGGACGCCAAAUACGAAAGCCAUUGGCAAACUUGGCUAAAACGUAUUUAACCCAAAAUAAAAGCGGACAAACAGACGAAGAGGAGAGAAGCAAGAGGAGGGAGAAGGAAAGGCUAUACCGAUAGGAUAGUCCACGUCUGUUCCCAACAAAAGCAACUAACCAAACGAACUACACCACAGAGUGUAGGCACACACCCGCUCCAAAAGAGGGGUCUUACAUACUGAGAGACGGGAAAAGCGACAACGACAGAGAACGAGAGUGAGAGAGAGAGAGGAAGAGUGGGAGAGAGGGACGUAAUGAGCAGACGACGGUCGUCGGCAAUGGCAAUUACCAUGUCGCCGUCAUCGUCAUCGUUGGUUCCACUGUCUGUGCUGCUGGUACUCCUUGUGCUGCUCGUGCCGACAAAUGGCCUGGCAAAUUGUCCAAAUGGCUGUGAAUGCGAUGACGAAACAUUGAUGGUGAACUGCGGUGUGGGGACGCUUGAUGUGCUGCCCAUAGCACUUAAUCCAUCGAUACAGCGUCUGGUCAUUAAGAACAACAAACUGAAGACCAUCGACUCAUCGAUGCAGUUCUAUUCGCAGCUCACAUUCCUUGAUUUGUCCUUUAAUGACAUGGUCACGAUACCGGAACGCUCAUUUGCCUAUCAUGCCAAGCUGCAGGAGCUGCAUCUCAAUCACAACAAGAUUGGACAGGUAUCGAACAAGACGUUCACUGGUCUAACCACAAUAAGCGUGCUCAAUCUGCGGGGCAAUCUUAUUGCCGAGCUCGAUUAUCGCACAUUCUCGCCCAUGGUUAAGCUGGAGGAGCUGAAUCUCGGCCAGAAUCGCAUCAGUCACAUCGAUCCCCAUGCAUUGGACGGUCUGGUGAACUUGCGUGUUUUGUAUCUGGAUGACAAUACCCUGACAACGGUGCCGUCAGAGCUCACAUUCCAAGCCCUGCCCAGCCUGGCGGAACUCUACCUGGGCACGAAUUCCUUUAUGACCAUUCCGGCAGGUGCUUUCCAGGAUCUCAAGGGUCUAACGCGUUUGGAUCUGCGUGGUGCGGGACUCCACAACAUAUCGGGCGAUGCUCUCAAGGGUCUGGAAGGUGUACGCUAUUUGGAUCUCUCCGAUAAUCGUUUGCAGAGCGUUCCCACUGCUGCACUGCAGCAUCUGGUUCGACUGGAGCAGCUGUCGCUGGGUCAGAACGACUUUGAGGUGAUUGGAGCAGGUGCCUUUGUGGGUCUUCGUGAGCUCCGUCAGCUGGAGAUCACUGGAGCUCAGCGUUUGCGUCGUGUGGAAAGCGGCGCCUUCACGGCCAACACGAAUCUGGAGCAUUUGAAUCUCUCGGCCAACAAGCAGCUCAGCGAACUGCAUGCCAAUGCCUUGGGCGGAUUUCCACACCUCAGCACAGUGAUCCUGAAGGAGAACCAGCUGAGUUCCCUAUCGGAGAGUCUCUUCCCAUGGUCGGAUCUGCAAAGCCUCGACCUCUCGGAGAAUCCCUUUGUCUGCGACUGUCAGCUGAUGUGGCUGCGUAAUCUUCUCAUCAGCAAGAACGCCAGCAAUCUGUAUGCUCCAGUCAUCUGUGCCUAUCCGGCCAAUUUGAGGGAGCUGCCACUCACGCAGCUUGCGGAGCCGUUGUUGGGUUGCACACACGGAGCGGCCAAUAAACAGGCCAUCAUUGGCAUCAUGGUUGUGGGUUGUGCCGCAUUGAUCACGACCUUGGCCCUGGUGAUCUACACAUGUCGUCGUCGCAUCCGGGAGAUGCUGAAGGGUCACUCGGCGCUGGGACGGAAGGAGCGCGAGUAUCAGAAGACCUUCUCCGAUGAGGAGUACAUGACGAGACCGCCGCCAGGUUGCGGUGGUGUGCAUCCAGCAUCGGGUUAUCCCUGUCCCAGCAGCUACAAUACACAGUAUUUGGGCAGCCGGCCGAUUCCAGUCACUGAGCUAUAGCUAGAAGCUCCACCCCCACCUCAGCUGCGGGGUCGGGGUGGUGCCCCCUCCAGUCACAAUGGUCCCUCGCCCUCGACAACCUCACAACCAGCGACGUUACAACAACUGCAAGUGCCCAGUGCCAUCGAUGCGCAUGCUCCUUUUGCCCAACUCAGUCACAUUCACUACAUGACCAACAAUCCACAGACACCACAGACACACCCACAGACACAGAUAUCGACCACGGCAACGACUCCACGCUCCCAUCACUCGCAACAGGACAUGCGACUGUUGGCCAAUGGAGGUGGAAAGGUGCUUGGGUUGAAUGCAUCCCUGCCACGUCGACAGUGCGGCGUGCAGGAGAGCACCUUGUCGCACUAUAGCCAACCCCUUGCCAAUGGUCAUGCCGGCAUCCGCCUCACCCAGGAUCACUUCAAUCACAAUGGCGGCGGCGCUGUCUAUGCCAAGCCUUGUGAUGCCAUGGCCGAUGCUGGCUACAUACACAACAACUCUCACUAUUCGCUGCCGUUGGAUCAUGACAUGCCACCUAGUCCCACGCCCACACCACCUCCGCCCGCUUUGCCCCUGCGGAAUGGGAUGGGCAUGGCGUUGGUGCAUGGAAACACGACUGGCAGGCGAUCCUUCAACAGCAACAGCAAUAACAACAAUGUGGCAACUCUCUCAAACAACAAUCACAAUGGAGUCGGUGGUGGUGGUGUAGUGUUGGUUAACGGCAGCAACAACAACAACAACGGGAGUCUGCGUCGCUAUCACUGAUAUACACUCAAAUCGUGUGGCACUUUGGGUCGCACCAAGACAACAACACAACAACACAGCGCGGACAUUGAGUUGUAUCACUUCUACAAGGGCUGAUGCCGAGACCAGUUCACAUUGUGUUAUUUCAACUAUCCAUUAAUUAAAACAUAUUUAUAAAUUGUAUAUUUAGUUAACCUUAUUCUUAUUCAGGCGAAAGCAUUUUGUAUAAAUUAGUCUUUAGUUUCCAAAAACGAAAUACAAUACAAAUACAGAAUUAAAUGCGUGUAAAUAAAGUUUGACAUGCUAAAUGCAGCUUAAAAGCCUCGACAAUAGCCAACACUGUUUUGUCUGGUUAGCUGUAUUGCGCAAAGUCCUUUUUCGCAUCCAGUGAUCUUAACUAUUAAGUUUUGCUUAAACGUUUAAAUUCCUGUAUAUAAUUAAUUUCUAUAAACAUAUAAUA